CUCUCGCUCGCCACCCGCACCACUCUCGCUCGGUGUGUGGGAGAGAGAGGAGGGGAGGGAGCUAGGCUGGCAUGGCCGGCCGCUUGAGCUGCGCAUGCCUACAAUUCAGUACCAGUACUAGCAAAGCAAGCUAGGUAGGAGUAACACCUCCCCAAUUGCUACUUCUACUGAGUUAGCCAUCCCGUCGUCCCGGCAGUCACUUCUACAAGUACGCACGCAGCUACCCAGCAGGGCGGCUAUACUAAUCCCUCCCUGCCUCUGCCUUCCUUCCGAGGACCGCCGCGGCGGGCCGGGGUGCGCGCACCCGCCAUGCAGCAGCAGCACCAGGGUGGCGGCGGCGGCGGUGGCGGAGGCUCACAGUUCGGGGCCCCGCCGCCGGACAUGGGCCCCUUCUCGCCGACGCCGGCUGCUACCGGUCCCAUGCCGCUGAGCAGCAGGCCUCCGUCGGCGCAGCCGCAGCAGCAACCGAGGACCAGCUACGAAGAAUUGGCGCCCAUGGUGCCUGGGGCCGCCGCUGCCAGUGGCUUCGACGACGAGACGAUGGGUAGUGGCGGCGGCGGCGGCGGGUCGUCGGGCGCGUCCAGCAACCGGUGGCCGCGGGAGGAGACGCAGGCGCUCAUCAGGAUCCGGUCGGAGAUGGACGCAACCUUCCGCGACGCGACGCUCAAAGGCCCCCUAUGGGAGGACGUCUCCAGGAAGCUUGCCGACCUGGGCUACAAGAGGAGCGCCAAGAAGUGCAAGGAGAAGUUUGAGAACGUGCACAAGUACUACAAGCGCACAAAGGAAGGCCGCGCCGGCAGGCAGGACGGCAAGAGCUACCGCUUCUUCGAGGAGCUGGAGGCGUUGCACGCAGCCGCGCCGCAGCCGCCACCACAGCACUUGCCGGCAGCCAGCACCGCCCCGCAGUUGCACGCCCUCGCCGCGCCAGUAUCCCCGACGCCCCAGCAGCAGUUGCCGGCAUCCAGCGCCGCCCCGCCGUUGCACGCCUUCCCCGCGCCAGUAUCCGCGCCGCCGCCGUUGAGUUCAAUGCCACUGCUGACAGGGCCGAUGCAGCCAGCGCCCAUAUCAUCGGCGGCCCCAGCCCCGGCACCGGUGGAUCUGCUCGUGGCCCACCAGCCCCUCAACCUGCAAGGCUUCAGCUUCUCUUCCAUGUCGGACUCGGAGUCCGACGACGAGUCCGAGGACGACGACAUGACGGCGGAGACAGGCGGAAACCAGGACCGCCUCGGCAAGCGGAAGCGCGGCGACGGCGGCGGCAGCAGCAGCAACAAGAUGAUGUCUUUCUUCGAGGGGCUCAUGCAGCAGGUCGUCGACAGGCAGGAGGAAAUGCAGCGGCGGUUCCUGGAGACCAUGGAGAAGCGGGAGGCCGAGCGCACGGCUCGGGAGGAGGCGUGGCGCAGGCAGGAGGUCGCCCGCCUCAACCGCGAGCAGGAGCAGCUCGCUCAGGAGCGCGCCGCCGCGGCCUCCAGGGACGCCGCCAUCAUCGCCUUCCUCCAGCGCAUCGGCGGGCAGUCCGUGCAGCCCCCUGCUACCGCCGUUGUUGUCCCAAUGCCAGCACCGGUGUCAGUCCAUACCACGCCGCCGAAACAACCUUCUCGCCAGCAGCAGCAACCGCCGCCGCCGUCGCCCCAGGCCGGCCAGGCGACACCGCAGUCGAAGCCAAUCUCAGCCGCGCCGCUCCAGCAGCAACCGCCACAGCAGCAACCGAAGGAUACGUCGCAGCAGGACGCCGGCACGCCGCGCAGCUUGCCCCCGGCGUCUAGCCAGUCACUCGAGCUGGUGCCCGUCGCCGCCACGGAGCACCACGUCGAUUCCGGGCUAGGAGGAGGGGAUGGAGGUGCGGCGUCGUCAUCGCGGUGGCCCAAGACCGAGGUGCACGCGCUCAUCCAGCUGCGCAUGGACCUGGACAUGCGCUACCAGGAGACAGGUCCCAAGGGUCCUCUCUGGGAGGAUAUUUCGUCCGGGAUGCGGCGGCUGGGAUACAACCGGAGCUCCAAGCGGUGCAAGGAGAAGUGGGAGAACAUCAACAAGUACUACAAGAAGGUGAAGGAGAGCAACAAGAAGCGGCCCGAGGACUCCAAGACCUGCCCAUACUUCCACCAGCUCGAGGCCAUCUACAACAGAAAGCACCUCCGCAGCCUCACAACCGCGGCCACAUCGUCCGCCGCCGCCGCUCCUCGUCCCGCCUACCCAGAUCAGCUGAACCCGAGCAGGCAAGAGAUAGAGGGGAAGAACAUCAACGAUGACAAGAGGAACAACGGUGGAUCAGGUGGAGGCACGCAGGUGCCGACCAGCAAUGGCGAGACAGCGACGACGACGACGACGACGACGCUCGUCGCGUUCGACGCCGACACCGGCAUGAAGAAGCCAGAAGACAUCGUCAGGGAGUUGAACGAGCACCCGCGUCGGGAGUUCACGACGGAGGACGAGACGGACAGCGACGACAUGGGCGACGAGUACACCGACGACGGCGAGGAAGGCGAAGACGACGGCAAAAUGCAGUACAGGAUACAGUUCCAGAGGCCGAACCCGGGCGGCACCAACACCGCGCCAGCACCGGCAGCAGCGACGACGGCUGCGCCAGCGGUGCCGACUUCGGCUCCGACCAGCACCUUCCUCGCCAUGGUUCAAUAGGGGCGCGGGCGGCACCCCUCUCAAACCGUACGUACGUAUAUGCGUCCAAACCAAAAACCUGCGCGCAUCACCGUCACCGUCACCUCCUCCUUUACUUUACCAGUCCACCAAGCAUGCACCAUCAGUCCAUCACACUGUUCUCUUGUUCAUCCUGUAAUCCCCCGUGCCAUUCCAUUAUUUAUUGAUUUGUUUCGUGUAUAAUAAGAUCCCCACCGUUGCGGAGGAUGCAGAGUGAGGCUGUGGUGGUAGAGCAAAAAGGAAGAGUCCAGUCCCUCAGUAAUAACUUAUUUAUAGGUCAUCGUCGAUCGCGUUAAACGAGAACUGUACAUCGAUGUAACAGUCAGUCCAUGAUGUUUUUCCUCCCUUUUUUUUUAGUUACUCCCUUCCCGGGACGGCAGUAUACAAGUUUGUAUAAGAGUAUACAAGAAUUACAGACAGUUCAAGCAACCUGGAGCUUGCGGAGGUGAGAAGGUGUUUUUGCCGUUGGGAAUCUACAUUUUUUUUGUCGAUCCUUUUUCUUUUAACAGUGGAUAUAAUUAAAUCCUGUUACUUGUUACAGUGUA